AGCCGAACGCGUCGUGCAGGAGGGCGAGAGGAAAGGAUAAAAUAAUGUCGGCAGGGAAGUCGAGGUUGGAGCAGUGGUAGGACUGUCAGCAGUGCGUCGACAGUGGCGACUGGAGAAAAGAAAGAGAGAGAGAGAGAGAGAAGGAGAGAGAGAAAGAAAGAGAGAGACGAGCGUGCGUGUAGCGAAUUUUGCUGGUGCGAUGCGUUUGCCAAAUUCCGAGUCGUCGUCUCGAACGGGUGCGUGAGCAAGGGUCUUGCGCGCGCGAGAAAGAGAGAGAGAGAGAGAGUGAGUGAAAAAGAGAGAGAGAGAGAGAGAGAGAGGUCAUAGUGUUGUGUUGAGAGGAGAGGAGAAGCGAGCUGUGCGUCGCGAGGCUACUCAAGAAAGAAAGAAAGAAAGAGAAAAAUAAUCUCGGAAGGGCGGAACGUCGUCGAGCUGUCGUCCAGCACGCGCGUUCUUUGUGCGUCGUAUCGUCGUGGUCGUGGUCGUGAUCGUGUCGUGUCGUUGUUGUCCUCUCUCUUCUUCUCUCGCAUCGCGUCUAUCGCGAGGAAGCUGUAACACGAUGGCGUAGUUUUCAUCCGCUAAGAGAGGACCGUGACUUUGAGGAAAUAGAAAAAAAAAAAAAGGGAAAGAAAGAACGAAGGGACGAGUAAAGGAGGGAGAGCAACGGGAAGAUAGGUAUAUUCUAGCGAAGUUUAUCGAGCAAGGACGACGGUGACCGACAAGGAGAGAAAGAGAGAGAGAGAGAGAGAGAGAAAGAGCUAGAAAGAGAAAGAGAAAGAGAGAGAGAGAUAUCUACACAGUAUACGUGUACGUAAGUAAUAAAAAGAAAACAGAGAAAGAGGGAGGGACGGUGUCGAGGAAUCGAAUAAACCAGACGGGUUGAAAAAAGGCGCGUUUUCGUAGUGUCGUCGCGUGUCUCUUCGGGUGUGUUUUGUGUCUCUCCGUUGUGUGUAUAUACUAGUGUGCUUUACAAUGGUGUGCGUGUGUUAUCGUUAGCUCGCAUCUCGGCGCGUCAUGUCGAUCCUCCUCGUACUCGUAAACGUACGUCCUCCUCACUUCGGUCAUCGACUUCCCGUUAAACAAACGUACAUAGGCGAGCUCUCGUCGAAUUAAUAAUCGUCCUCUUCCUAACCUCGCUCCGUCGUCGUUGUCGUCGUCAUCUUCGUCAUCGUCAUCGUCAUCGUCAACGUCAACGUCAACGUCAACGUUUACGACCGUGUCUCUCUCUCUCUUUUACUCUUUUCGUCGUCAUCGUCACGAUCGUAUUUACGAGAACACAUUCUCAAGAAGGAAGAAAAAUCAAUCAGCUGUAUUUUCCACCUCUUCUCCUCCUCUCCCCCUCCCACCUGCCCGCCCGUCCGUCCGCCUACUUGAAACGAUCUUCCUCGUUAAACAACUCGGUAGAUAAAAUAAAGAAAGUGAGAGAUAGUAGAAAGGAAUUAUGGUUACGAUGAUCAGUGAUACGUGCGGAUACGUCCUCUUCCUGCUGCUGCUGUUGCUGGUUCCAUACAUCGAAAGCGCUCGCCGAUUAAACGAAUACAUUCGCCACUACGAGCCACUUUCCUAUCCAACGGAGGAGGUCCACAGAGGUCACCUGAGGGCCAAGAGGUCGGUCACCCGCGACAAUUCCGUGACUUUAAAGUUUCGCUCGCACGGCAGAGACUUUCACAUUCGUCUGAAACGAGACUUGAACACGUUUAGCAAUAAUCUAGUUAUAGAGGGUCCUACCGGACACGAAGAGGGACUUGAUACCUCGCAUAUUUACGAGGGUCAUCUCAUCGGAGAACCAGGUAGUCACGUAUUCGGAAGCAUCACCGAUGGUGUCUUUCACGGGAAGAUAGUGUCACCACGAGCUGGUGCGUGGUACGUGGAAAGAGCACACUAUUACUUUCCGCCACACGAGAUAAACGAUACUCUGCACUCCGUGAUCUAUCACGAAAAUGACGUCGGUGAUCCAUACUCCCAAGUUCGACAAGGCGACUCCAGCGGCUGUGGCAUUAACGAACAGAUAAUCGAGUGGAUGGACAAAAUUCAAAAUUCCGGUGACCUCGACUUACCCACUCCGAUUACGUCGAAAAAAGAUACGAAGCCGAAAGUCGAGCCAUGGAACGGCGAUCAGGAAACUCCUGGACACAAAUAUUCCAGAGAAGCGAACGAACCGAGUCAUCGAAGAACACGCAGAGCUACCAGACCGAAGGAAGACAAUAAAAACACCUGCUCGUUGUUCAUUCAAACGGAUCCUCUUAUUUGGCGGCAUAUAUCCGAACAGCUGCAUCACGACGCGGAAAAAACGAGAGAAGAAAUACUCUCUUUGAUCGCGCAUCACGUCACAGCCGUGAACUACAUUUACAGAGACACCAGAUUCGACGGUAGAAUCGAGCAUAGAAACAUCAAGUUCGAGGUACAAAGGAUAAAGAUCGACGACGAUACCGCGUGCACGCAACAGCAGACUUAUGGCGAGCCAAAUCCAUUUUGCAUGGAAAACAUCGAUGUCAGCAAUUUUCUGAAUUUACAUUCGUUGGGCAAUCACGAGGAUUUUUGUCUCGCUUAUGUGUUCACCUACAGGGAUUUUACUGGCGGUACACUCGGUCUCGCUUGGGUCGCUUCGGCGUCCGGCGCUUCCGGUGGUAUUUGCGAGAAGUAUAAAACGUAUACCGAGACCGUAGGAGGGAUGUAUCAAUCCACGAAGAGAUCUCUCAACACCGGUAUCAUCACUUUCGUGAAUUACAACAGCAGAGUUCCGCCGAAAGUUUCCCAACUGACAUUGGCUCACGAAAUAGGUCAUAACUUCGGAUCGCCGCACGAUUUUCCACCCGAAUGUAGGCCAGGCGGUUUGCAUGGUAAUUAUAUCAUGUUUGCUUCUGCCACGAGCGGUGAUCGACCUAACAACAGUAAAUUCUCCAAAUGCAGCAUCGGCAAUAUCAGCAACGUCUUGGACGCGAUAGAGGAUAACAAGAAAAGAAAUUGCUUCACCGCGUCCGCCGGUGCAUUUUGCGGUAACAAAAUCGUCGAGGCGGGCGAGGAAUGCGACUGCGGUUACGACGACGACGAGUGCGUGGAUAAAUGUUGUUACCCGAGGCAGGUGUCGGAAUUGGAUAAGAUUAAAAACGAGACGGCGAAAGGGUGUAGCAGAAAAUACGGGACGCAGUGCAGUCCCAGUCAAGGACCUUGUUGCUCGAGCGAUACGUGCCAGUUCGUGCCUCUCUCGCACAACGUUCAAUGCAAGGCCGAAUCGGACUGCAGCUACAAUUCCACGUGCAAUGGGAAAUCUUCCGAGUGUCCCGCUCCAUUGCCAAGGGCCAAUAAAACAAGAUGCAACGAAGGAACUCAGCUCUGUAUCAACGGCGAGUGCACUGGAUCCAUUUGUCUGGAAUGGAACUUGACGGAGUGCUUUUUAACGAGCAACAUCAUUCCAAACAUAGACAAACGAAAACUCUGCGAGCUGGCUUGUCAGAAUGGUACCGAUCCAUCGACUUGUCGAAGUACCAGCGAGUUUGCUCACGUCGUUGGCCUACCCGAGGGUGGGAUAAGUCUGAGACCUGGCUCGCCCUGUGACAACUUUCAGGGUUACUGCGACGUCUUCUUGAAGUGUAGAGCGGUCGAUGCCGAAGGACCACUCGCGCGAUUGAAAAAUCUCUUAUUCAACAAGGAAACUUUAUCGACCGUAGCGCAAUGGGUAACUGAGUACUGGUGGGCAGUCCUUUUAAUGGGUAUAGCUUUCAUCAUUUUCAUGGGAUUAUUUAUCAAGUGUUGCGCCGUGCAUACGCCGUCUAGCAAUCCGAAGAAGCCACCUGCGAGACGCAUCAGCGACACGUUGAGAAGGCCAAUGAACACGCUCAGGAGGAUGCGACAUCCUCACGGUGGCGGAGGCCCGGGACCGAGGAGUAUACCUCCGAGACAGGGCCAAGGAGUGUACAGCGGAACGCGAGGACCCUCUCACGGUUACGGAGAGGGUAGGGGAGCUCAGCAUUAUCCCAAAGGCUAUCGCUUGGUUCCCACAGCUAGUGCGCCACCAAGCAGCAGCGUCGCAGGUAACUACGGUCGCUCCAACCAUCCAGAAUUGUACGCCGGUGCCUAUUCGAGCACCGGAGGAGGGGGCAGAGCCCCGGCCUACGAGAUGAGGCAUCACAAUAAAGUCUGACGAUCCUAGAAUGCUGUCACAGUCAGCAGGAGGCAUCGGUCUCGUUCCGUAAAACGAACCCGACCGGUUAUCUGUGAAGCAACAAACCGAUAAGGAAAAGAAGACGCAAUAAAAGAAAAAAAAAAAAAAAACGUCCGGCAUUGUGUUUUCGAAGAGAGUAUAUCUCCGAUCGUACGUGCACGUGGUGCUGGACUCUGUUGACAUUCGAGUAUUUCGCGAAGCACCGCUGUGUCCUCUAAUCCGUACAUUUAGUACAUCCGUACAUUUGUUUUUAAAAACAUUCGCGAGCGAACGUGUGAGUGGGGAUGAGUGAGAAACAUUGUACGUGUCAUCGAUCACAAAGUCGAGGUCUUGUUCGUUUAUGCUUCGUCAGUAUGUAUUUUGCCGUCGAGGUGGAAAGAACGGAACUAGAAAAUGGAAGAAGGAAACGUGGAAGUGUUACGUAAGCUUUGCGAGCUUGGGAGUCGAUUACGAAGAUUCGUGGUUGUGAAUUUCGUAUCACUUCCCAGAGAGACAAAGAACGAGAGCGAGCGAGUACCUUCUUACUUACAAUCACGACCUACUUACAUAACGCCCUUGGCAAAAACGUUUUCAGACAUUUUUAUCUCUCUAUAAGGUAGCGUUACUUCUUUGCAGUUUCGAGAAAUCCUCGAGAAUUUCUAUUUCAUGCUUAUGUGCGAUCGAUUUCGAUUUAAUAAGUAUUGCCGAAUUAAUCACGAGAGUAAUGUUGCGUAAAUAUUUUAAACGACCUGCGUCGUCGUAUACGUUGCCGUACGGAAAACCGACGUAAACAUUUUGAAUCUUUUUUUUUUUAUUAUUAUUAUACUCUGUAACACGUUUGUUGACGUCUUUGCCACAAUUUAACGUGAGCAUUUAUUUCUGCGAGUUCUUGUUAUAAGGAGUAGAAGACUGUUGUAAAGAGAGUGAGAGUGAGAGAGAAAGAAAGAAAGAAAGAAAGAGUGAAGAUUCAAAACAAUAGACGAGGAACGCGACAAUAUCCAGAGAGAGGUUUUAAGCUCUCUUGAGAAUAUAGGGUAAGGCAUUAAAACAAAAAGGUUCGGUGUAAUUUUUAAAACGUUGUCAUUGACAUUUUAUCGUUCGUUUUAUAAGUUUGUGAAAAAUCUGAACGUGUAUGUGUAUAUACAUAUAUAUAUAUACACAUGUGUAUAUGUAUACACAUAAAUAUGUAUAUUCCGAGAAUAUUUAUAUCGUUUGGCUAUGAAAAAUUGGCGAGAACGUUUCGGUCAAACUGGCAAAAGAAUUAGUUCUUCCCGUUAAAUUGUAUAUACGAAACGCGUUGAAAUACUAUUUCCAUUUGAUGAAUAUUUCUGGAUGGCAGUAUACGUUUGCGUUUUAGGUUUACUUUUUUGAUACUCCUUGGUAGUCGAAAUAGAGCAAAAGGGAGUAAUCAUGUUCCAUAUCUUCAAAAGCGAAAUGUCGUUGAUAUUUAUCCAGGGAUAAAUAACGCCUAUCACUACCAAACUGUUACAGGUCAUUCGUUUGAUCUCGGUACCAUUCUAGAAUAACUAUGAAACCAUAUGUAUUAUUCUUAUACUAAUUUUUAUUAGACAAUUGGAAGGAGCGAGGCUAUUAAUUAAAUUAAAAUUAAGAGGAGGUUUAAAAAGCAGCGAAGAAGAGAGAAAAAUAAAGAAAAAGAAAAGAUUCCAUUAACGAUUGCGAAUCGAACAACAAUGGAUAUUGGAUCGUUACUAGGAUGGAUUCCGCUUAUUAUUAUUAUUAAUUCUAUUUACUAUUAUUACAAAUUAGUUAUCUAUUGCAAAUGAUAAUUUAUCUACGCGCCGUCGCGAAUGUUAUAAGUUAUAUUUAAUGUACGACUUUUAACCAUGCAAAUUGUCAGGGGCUGCUACAACCGUAAAAGCGCUUUCAUUUCUUAGGCGCAUGGCGGACCAAAGAUGAGCCCUUUUUUUAAUGUGAACAAAUUCUAACGGAAUUCGUGGGGCUCGAGCAGCACACACACACACACACACACACACACACAGCUGCAUACUCGUAUACGAGAUAUCGAAAUCUACGCGAAGAACGUUGUUUCUUUUUCCUUUUUCAGUGCCAGCAAACUCGAUCGCACGCUCGAUCGUGCCUUUUAAUUUAGCAACGUUUCAAUCUCUCUCCGUAAAAUAAUCCUACUUAAUAUUUUUCUUCUUCUUUUUUUCUUUUCUCUUACGUACACAUCGGUUGUUUUUCUUUUUCUGAGAAACGAAAAAAAAAAUGAUACACAAAGCAGACAGUCGACACACGCUACAUCGUAAAGCUUUAUUUUUCUAUUCAUGUUCGUGAACGCGAGCUCGAGAUCGAUCGUGCCGGAGAGAUCGUGGUAAAAAAAAAAAUUUAGGUAAUUAUGAUCUGGCUUAAACGAGGUGGUUUUUUUAACGUGCCUCGAUGCUCUCAUCGCUGUCUGCGUUGUGACUUGAACGUUGUAGUUUAUCAUUGGGCAUAGGAAAGGAUAUAGAAAUGUAAAAAUGCGAAACGCAGUGCGAGAUUUUACGAAAAGGACGAUACGAGUUUGCGGAUCGUGUGAAAAUGUACAAUAGAUGCAAUGUGAUUAUUGAACAAAAAAAUGGAUCGCGAGAGAUCGUGUGAGAAAGAAAGAGUGAGGAAGAAAUUAAAGAAGUUGAUAAAAUAGGGCGCGUAAGGGCGCAUGUGAAAAACAAAGAGAGAAAGAGUAUACCUAUGUAAAUACAUUGAUAUUAUAUAAAUAUAUAUAUAUAUAAAUAUAUAUAUAUAUAUAAACUAUAAUUAUAUAAACAUAACAAAUGGUAAAGCGAAUACAAAAAUACUUGUUUUUAUAUCAGAUCUGUAUUAUAGCGAAACAUUAUUCUGUAUUUUGUAAUCAGGACGGAAGUUAAGGAUGACGAAAGAGUGUCUAUACGUGCGUGUGAUCAGGCCCCCCCCCUUAGUUUAUAAGAUUAAUACGAGGAUCCAUCGUGAAAAGAUCCAGAAAAAAAUGUUGAAAAUCUAGAUUAUUUAGGAAGGAAACAAAAAAAAACGAAUCUUAAACUCUUUUCUCGUACGUAGACACAGAACAAAGGAAAUCUGCCUGGCCCCAUUUGAGAUGACGUUGUUGUAGAAAGAUGACAAAAACAAUAACGAAAAUAGAGAAAUUAACGAUCUACUGCCAAAGUAUCGAUAAAAUAUAAAAUCUCGACGAAAAAAGGACAUGAUAUAUUAAAAAAUACUUCCAACUAUGCAUGUAUCUUUAGUCUCGUUAAUAUCGUUGUAAUUAUUUUAUCGUGUAUACAAUCGAUACGAAUCACGCAGAAUGUAUUGAAAUAUUUUAGAUGAUCUUUCCCGCUUAGAACGCGUUUACGUCGAUUGGUUCGUCAAGAGUCAACGUCGUUGUCAUUAUCGUUAUUAUUGUCAUUAAAGUAUCCACUUCGGUUCCGAGCCACUGCCAUUCAACGAUUAAAUUUUAAAUUUAGAUUAGAUCACGUUUGUUAUUAUCCGAUCGGACCGUUCCAAAAAAAUUACAUAUUUAUUCGCAAAAUCCGCUUCCAACUCACUGCCACAAAACGGUUCGAACGACUGAUUAAUACGAUCAAAGAUAGAGAUACGAGUUCUUCCGAAGAGGAUGAUGUAAAAUGAUUUUCUCUCUCCAUUUUUCUUCGAGUAAAAGGAUGCUUAAAAUUAGAUUAGAAUCGCGAAUGGGGCCAAGGUGAAUCUUAAUAUCGUGCGGUUACUAGUUGAAAACGUUCACGCGCAUGAGAGGAAUGUGGAUAAACCAAAAGAAAAAAGAAGAAAAAAAGAAAAAGAACAUCCCUUCAUUGAGUUGACCCUCCAUCCCCGAAAAAAGCCUCUAAAACUAAAUAUGCUUAAGCUUCUUCGUUUGUUUGCAGUUCCUGGAUUAAGGUCCGCGGAUAAAAUUUGGUAUAUGUACAUAUAUAUUCUUCUGUCUGUCUGCAUUUUAACGUUUAUGUGAUAAAAGAAAUAAUAUAGCACGUAACAAAAAUUCUUUAUACCUCAAUGCGGAAAUACGAAUGUUCUAACGGAGAAAGGGAGGGAGAGAAAGAGUGUAUGUGCGUGAGAGAGAGAGAGAGAGAGAGAGAGAGAGAGAGAGAGAGCGAGCGCGCGAGAGAGAGAGAGAGAGCAAUUCCAUCCCCAUCUUAAUCCAGGUCUGCAUCACCGUGACGCGAUGCACACUACUCUAUCACUUGUACAUAAUGUUAGAGAGAAAAAAAACAAAAGAGAAAAUUGAAAAUUAUAUUUUUUCUAUCGAUCCAAAAAUGUGGUGACUUAUCAACAUCGUGCAUCUGGAAUGAUUUUACACUGAAGCAUUAUAACGACUCAUUAUCGUUGAUAAUUAAUGAAAAUUCAACGUCAUAAAGUUGCAUUUUUUUAUUGGUUUUUUUUUCUUCUUUCUUUUUUCUUUUUCCUUUUUUUUUUUCUCAUCAAAAGGAUCAUCAGUCGAGCAUCAAGGAAAGAAAGCUCCGAGUGACUCGUCUCUAACGCGUCGUAUAAUUUUGUUUUCUUCCAUCUGUCGAUAGCAAUUUCUUUCAAAAGUGCUGUUCAUUCAUUUCUUUUUUUUUAAUUUUGGUUGUUAAAAAAUGUCAUGCAUGAUACUGACCAAUCGCCUGAACGUAGCUUCAGACCACCACUCUCUCUUUUUCCCAAAGUGUUUAGAAUGUGGCGAGUGUUUUAAGGAUAUUAAAAUAAAAAGAAUAUGAUUGUGAAUAUCUCUUGUGUUACGUUAAUGUGAUUAAAGAAAAACAAAAACAUUGUAAAGAACUAAAUAAAGCAUACAUUUUACAUUUA